UUUGACUAUCAAUAUGACCCAGUAAGACAAGCUACGAUCUCCAAAGUGUGGCCUGGUGUUGGCACACUUUAGCAAACAAACUAAUGAAAAAAACAGCGCAAAAAUUGGGAAAAAUAGAGCAAUGUUAAGUGAAAAAGGGCGUUUUGUCAUAAAUAACACUGAUUUUACAUGCUUUAUUGUCACUUACUAAGAGAAGCUACUUACAUUUUUCUUACUGGAAGUGCUAUUAUCUUCUGGCAAUAUUAAGACAUUAUUGUUUCUCCCAUGAUAUUGAGUGUUUGACCAUUUAAAUAAAGUUAUAAAUAGUGUAGUUUAAUUAAUGUAUUAUGACUGUAAUGUAUUUGUGGGGUGCUGUUUGCAUGAUUACAUUUUGUCGCAUAUAACAAUGAUUCUCUCCUUAUGUGUGCGUGUUGAUGACGUCCUCUUCGGGGAGGAGGGCUGUACCAGCCUGAGCCCCUCCCCAGCCCCGUGACAUCAGCCGGGCUGGCCGCUGGCCUGGCGGGGCUCAGGCGGCCAGUCAGCCUCCAGCAGGCUUCGGCGGGCAGGCAGACAGGCUUCUCUCGACGGCGGCUGCUCGGCUUCAGGGCUGGCGGUGGGAGACGGGCCGUGCGGUGGUUGGUGGUUAGCGGAGAGAUGAGGGGUGGCCGCUGACAUCCCACCAGAGAACCCACUCGAACGAGGAGGAGGAGGAGGAGGAGGAGGAGGAGGAGGAGGAGAAGAAGAUCCAAUCAUGGCCGCCCAUCGAAUCAGAGCCUCGGCCAAUAACAACGCUUCGCUCCCUCGCUGCAAGUCUGAGGGGACGCUCAUUGACCUCAGUGAGGGCGUGUCCGAGUCCAGUCUCGUUGAUGUCAAAGUGCCUUCUCCCAGUGCCUUACGUCUGGAUGCAACCGCUUCCUUUGGAACCGCCAGAGAGGUGGUUGCUAUCAAGGACUACUGUCCAUCCAGCUUCACCACUCUGAAGUUCUCCAAAGGGGACCGCCUCUACGUUCUGGACACGUCAGGAGGCGAGUGGUGGUACGCCCACAACAACACAGAGAUGGGCUACAUCCCGGCUGCAUACGUGGAGCCCAUCAACUUCAGAGACUCGUCCUUCAGCGACAGCGGGAUGAUCGACACUGUGGGUGACGGCAAGGAGGAAGCAGCCACAGAAAUGGACCUCCUGGGGGAGUGGGCCGGCGUGAUUUUGAAACCAACCACUUUCCAUAAUGGAAAUCCAUUCACAACAACACAUACCUCGACCAACCCUUUCCUACAUGGGGGUCCUCAGAGCUCCCUGGACCAGAACAGCAAUGAGAAAGAAGUUGAUCUUCUUUUGUUUGACACUCCAUCAGCACCAGAGUCUGUCAGCAGCACCGCCGACCUCAAUGGAUUUGGCGGCAGCCUUUUUAACCCUCUAAGUCCCACGGGAGGUAUGGGACAGUCACUGCGAAGAGACAAUCCCUUCUUCAGAAGCAAGCGGUCCUACAGUCUGUCUGACAUGUCUAUCCUGCAGGCGCAGUCAGACAAUCCUCAAAUGUCCAGCAGUUUUUUCAGCAACCUGAAAGCGCCGGCGCCAGAGCAGUUCCAGAGUAGGGAGGAUUUCCGGACUGCUUGGCUUACUCACCGCAAGCUGGCCAGGUCCUGCCACGACUUGGACUCCCUAGGACAGAACCCAGGCUGGGGUCAAACGCAGCCAGUAGAGACCAACAUUGUCUGCCGGUUGGAUAGCUCAGGAGGUGCUGUCCAGCUUCCGGACACCAACAUCAGUGUCCACAUCCCUGAGGGCCACGUAGCGGAGGGGGAUACCCAGCAGAUCUCCAUCAAAGCUCUGCUGGACCCGCCUCUGGAGCUGAACAACGACCGCUGCAGCACCUCAAGCCCCAUAGUGGAACUCAAGCUCAGCAACAUGGAGACAAAAACCACCAUCACCCUGGAGAUGAAAGUGUCUGUUGUGGUCAAAGCAGAAAACAAGGAAAUGACAGACAUCCUGUGUGUCAGAAGUGACUGUAAAGAGGGGCCUUACAGUUCCAUUCCACACACUUACCUGUAUGGGGAUACAGUCCAAGUGUCUCUGGACAACCUGGAGCCGUGCAUGUAUGUGUGUGUGGUGGCACAAUCCCAGACCAUGUCUCCAGACUCCACAGUGUGGGAUCACGUUGUCAAAAAGAUUACUUUAGGUGUAUACGGCCCCAAACACAUUCACCCCUCUUUCAAAACAGUGGUCGCCAUGUUUGGUCACGAUUGUGCUCCAAAGUCUCUGUUGGUGAACGAGGUGGGCAAGCAGGCCCAGGCGGCACCACCUGUAGUGCUGCAGCUGUGGGGCAAGCACCAAUUUGUCCUGUCCAGGACGCAGGACCUGCGUGUUGGGGUGUACUCCAACAUGGCCAACUACGAGGUGAAAGCCAGCGACCAGGCCAAGGUGGUGCGUGGCUUCCAGAUCAAACUGGGCAAAGUAAGCCGGCUAGUCUAUCUUAUAACCUCACGUAACACUACAGAUGUUUCUGAUUUCACCUUGAGGAUUCAGGUCAAAGACGACUUGGGUGUCAUCCUGGCACAGUUUUGUGUGCAGACACCGCCACCGCCGCCCAAAACUGGCCCCAAGACGUCCAUGCAGCGUCGCUUCCUCAAGAAAAAAGAGGUGGGCAAGAUCGUCUUGUCUCCACUGGCCGUGGCCACCAAGUAUCCUGUCUUCCAGGACAGGAGAAUAAACAACCUGAAGUUUGGAAAGCUGAUCAAGACGGUCAUCAGACAGACCAAGAAUAGCUACCUGCUGGAGUACAAGAAAGGAGACUUUGUGACUCUGCUGAGUGAAGAGAAGAUCAAGCUGAAGGGUCAAUUGUGGACCAAAGAAUGGUACAUUGGAUACUACCAAGGCCGGAUGGGCCUCGUCCACACCAAGAACGUGCUGGUGGUCGGAAAAGUCAAGCCCAUUUAUUUCAGUGGGCCAGAGCUUACUACGUCCUUGUUGCUGGAGCAGGUACUAAGGCCCUGCAAGUUCCUAACCUACAUCUAUGCCUCUGUCAGGACCAUCCUGAUGGAGAACAUUGGCAAUUGGCGAGCGUUUGCUGACGCCCUUGGGUAUGAGAACCUGCCCUUGACACAUUUUUGCCGAGCAGAGCUGGACAGUGAACCCGAGCGGGUAGCGUGCGUACUGGAGAAGCUGAAGGAAGACUGCAACAACGCAGACAGCAAGGAACGCAAAUCCUUCCAGAAGGAACUUUUGACGGCCAUGUGGAAACCGGCGUACGACUUCCUUGUCACGUGGGCGGCGCAGAUUGGCGACAGUUACCGCGACGUGAUCCAGGACCUUCACUUGGGCUUGGAUAAGAUGAAGAGUCCCAUCACGAAACGCUGGAAGCAUCUGACCGGGACGCUGAUCCUGGUCAACUGUCUGGAUGCCCUACGGAGCUCCGCAUUCAGCCCCGCCGUUCAAGACGACUACGCUAUCUGAGCUGGCCUGACUCCGCCCCCUACCAACACCACCAGCCUGUGCCUCCUGGUGCCCGGGACUGCUGGCAGUAUUCCCUCAGACACUUUUUGUAGUCAUCGUCCCGCGGCGUUGCGUAUUUUUCUAUCUGAUUGUGGCACAAGAACUUCUUGGUUACAAACUGUGGAUGGAGACAUGUGGCUCCAGCUGUGUCUUCUAUUUAUUUAUGUUCUAUCUCCUGUGGUCCUUCCAGAAGUCUGCUGUACUUUGUAAUUUAUUCUUUUCGGGAGCUUUCCACUGACCUACAGGGUGUCCCGAAAGUCUGGACAUAGUAUACAUGAUACCUAAAAAUGUAAUAAUUUAUUUAAUUGAUGAUUAAUUAAUAAUAAUAAAUUAACAACUUAUGUAAAAAAUAAUUAAAUUAUUUUAAAAAACAACAUAUAAAAAUAUACAAUACUAAUAUUUUACAAUUAAUACAUUAAAAAAGAAAAAUAUGAAAUCAUAUAAAGAUUUUUAAAAAUAAUUGUAUCUGCUUAAGUUGAUCCUGCCUGUUCAGUACAAAGUAAGCUUCAAAAUAAAAGCAUUGCAGUAUUAACCUUGAUUCUACCACACAACUUACAAAAUGCACCCAUUCAAUUGUAUGUUUUUACAUUGUUCGCCACCGGAAGAACGAUUUGCGCAUGUACGAAAACUUAAUUGUCAUUGCAGUCAAGACAUACGCCAGCAGCUCUGUAAGAAAAUAAAAUUAAAUAUCAUAUGAAAACAGAAUAAUGUAAAUAAAAAUAUGCACACAUGGAAGAAAACCAUGUCAACCAACUCCUAUUGGUUCAAAAAUCUUUUAUUACUGCCCGUUCUCCUUAUGUCUCUGAUCAAAGUCACAAGCAAGUGUGCAGGCAAUGGCUAGUUUUGGUUUCGGUCAUGUCGACGGCCGCUGUUGUUCCGCUGUGUGUGAGUUCUUGCCCAUGUCUCCAGACUUUCAGGACACCCUGUCGAAUCACCCGCUGCCAAACAUUCAGAACCAGUCUCGUAUGGGACACAUGUACUUCCUGUUUUGGGUGCGUUUAGAACCAGGACUGAACCAUAAAAGCUCACUUUCACUUCUUGGCUUGUUUUUGGAGGCUCAGAUGGAACCACUCAAGAAAUUUGGAGCAACUUCCUGCUUUAGUGCGGCACCUAGGGGCUGAGUUGAGCAUCCGUGUUUGCUCGUCAUGGAAACGGCAAAUGCUCCAAAACAAAUAAGUAGCUUUGAAGUUGUUUUCACCGCAUGGACUGUUCGUGUCUUUGACCCACACCUGCCAAAAAGGUGUGCAACGCCAUGUGACCUGGCUGUGUCUGUGCACUGCGUCCCGGAUAAUAAAGUGUAAAUAUUUGCACCAUC